CACCAGACCGCAACGGUCGCGAUCACUCCAAUAUCUUCUCAGUGCCACCGCCAGACCCAGCGCAACACGGCGCUCGAUCAUCCUCGUCAAACUUGCAAGAUGGGUAUCAAGGAGUUCUUCCGCAAACGGUCUUUGCGCCAGAAGGAUAACGUCCGCACGAACGCUGCCGAAUUGACGCUAAAGGAAUCUCUGUUUCCCAUUGUUCUUGUCACUAUCCUAUUUUUCCUCUGGGGGUUUUCCUACGGCCUUCUCGACACUCUGAACAAACACUUUCAAGAUACACUUCACAUCACCCGGGCUAGGUCCUCUGGCUUGCAGGCUGCUUACUUUGGAGCCUAUCUCAUUGCCAGCCUCGGGCACGCGGCGUGGAUCUUAAGGCACUGGGGCUAUAAAGCUACCUUUGUUUUUGGACUCUUCCUAUACGGCCUGGGGGCCCUCAUUGCGAUCCCAUGCAUUAUCGCCAAGAGCUUCGGUGGCUUCUGUGCCGCCAUCUUCAUCAUCGGUAAUGGUCUUGGCUCCCUCGAAACAGCCGCAAAUCCGUACAUCACCGUCUGCGGUCCUCCUAAGUACAGCGAGAUUCGAAUCAACAUUUCUCAAGCCUUCAAUGGUAUCGGCACUGUCGUGGCUCCCGUCAUGGGAUCGUACGUCUUCUUCGCUUUUGACGACAAACGUGCUCUGGAGAAUGUUCAAUGGGUCUAUCUCUCCAUCGCCGUCUUCGUCUGGGGGCUGGCGAUCGUCUUCUGGCUGGCUCGAAUUCCCGAAAUCACCGAUGCUGAUAUGGCUUUCCAAGCUUCUGAGACGCACGCCAACGUCGAUGAUAAGCCUUUCAGGAAGCAAUACCGUCUCUUCCACGCUUCUUUCGCCCAGUUCUGCUACACUGGUGCUCAGGUAGCCAUCGCGGGAUUCUUUAUCAACUAUGUGACAGAACGUCGCGAAAACACCGACAACGCGCUUGGCUCCAAACUUCUUGCUGGCGCCCAAGCCGCCUUCGCGAUAGGCCGUUUCGCUGGAGUUGGUCUUAUGCAUUAUAUCAAGCCCCGUUGGGUAUUUUUGGCGUUCCUGUCAUCCUGUAUUAUCUUCAUUGCCCCUUCCAUCACACAGAAGGGUGAUACCGGCAUGGCCAUGCUCUAUAUUGUCCUUUUCUUCGAGUCUAUUUGCUUUCCGACAAUUGUGGCUCUCGGCAUGAGAGGCCUAGGCAGGCAUUCUAAGCGGGGCAGUGGCUUCAUUAUUGCAGGUGUAUCUGGUGGUGCAGUUGUACCUCCGUUGCUUGGCGUCGUUGCCGAUCACAAGGGCAUGGGCAUCGCUAUGGUCAUCCCCCUUAUCUUCUUCGUCUUGGCAUGGUCAUAUGCGUUGGCCGUUAAUUUUGUCCCGAGGUACCGGAAUAUCGCCGAUGCUUUCACUGAAACUGAGGUUGGCAUUAGGCCCGUGGACGUGGAAGAGGAAAAGGGAGGCAUCGAGUCGGUCGAAGACAAGCAUGGCAAGAACGCCAUCCCCACUGUGGCGUGA